GUCACUUAGCCUUUCUGCAGUGACAACCUGCCCACAAGAACAUGCCCCUCGCGAGGGACCUCCUGCACCCAUCCCUGGAAGAGGAGGACAGGAAACACAAGAAGAAGCGCCUGGUACAGAGCCCCAACUCCUACUUCAUGGACGUGAAGUGCCCGGGGUGCUACAAAAUCACCACCGUGUUCAGCCAUGCACAGACGGUGGUGCUGUGUGUGGGCUGCUCCACCAUUCUGUGCCAGCCGACAGGAGGAAAAGCAAGGCUCACGGAAGGAUGCUCCUUCAGACGGAAGCAGCACUAAGUGCACCCUGAGUCAACGUGAGUGGGGAACCAUCCCAAUAAACAGAUUUUGCAUACGUUCAAAAAAAAAAAAAAGAGUUUUAUCACUUACUAAGGCCCAAGAUUAACGUUAGGCUAGAGGUCAGGUGGGUAAUAACAAGUUCAAAACCCCAAGGAAUUAUGUAAUCUGGGAUUCUGUCCUCAUUCACUUUAGCUUUUGACAAACGAUGGAUUUUGCAUCUGGGCACAUUAGCAACAACAGCCUACGUCUCCUUCUUUGGCAGGUUGUCUAUGGGAAGGCAGGAAAACUAGUAGGAACUCUGCAUGGACCAGAGUAAGACUAACCACUGCCAGCAGUGGUAACUCCAGAUUCUCAGAGAGACAGUGACCCAGUGAGACAUGAAUUUCCUUCAUUAUGAGGAAGCCUGAGAAGCCAACUUGCUCUGAACUGAUCCAAAAGUAUUUCUAGCCUAUGUACUUCACCUCUACAAGAGGCAUCAGCCUUGACAAAACACUACUCCGCAGUUCAAAGGUAUGAGUCUACAGGUAAAUCUCUCCAUACUGUGCUUGGGGCUGAAAUCCAUGGGAUCACGCCGUAGCUAAGGCAGUGUUGGGAAUGGAUUAUCUCAGAAGACAAUGCUAACAGGGAAUGUUUUCUCUGUAUUUGGACGGUGGGUGGGAAGAAUGCAGAGGGAAAAGAAUAGACAGAAUGUGAACCUUUCCUACUGACUCAUGCACUGGCUACGUAUUCAUUCUUCAAACACUGAGCACUACUACAUAUCAAUCAUAGGACCAGAUACAGAAGACACACAAGAAAUUUCUCCAGAAAUAGAAACCUACCCCAGUGGUUCUCAAUGUUAGAGGCACACUGGAAUUACUGGAGAGCUCUGCUAAGCCUAACACCACACCUGGCUCUAGAUCAAUUAAAUCAGGAUAUCUGGGUAUAGAUCCCAGACAUCAGUAUUUUUUUAAGCUAGUGAUUCCAAUGUGUAGACAAACUUGGGCAUCUCUGAUCUAAAAGGAAGAGUUACUAGUAAUGGAUCCAUUAAAAACACACACACUGGGGUGCCUGGAUGGCUCAGUCGGUUAAGCGUCCAACUUUGGUUCAGUUCAUGAUCUCAUGGUUCGUGAGUUCGAGCCCCACACUGGGCUCUGUGCUGACAGCUCAGAGCCUGGAGCCUGCUUCGAAUUCUGUGUUUCCCUUUCGCCCUGACCCUCCUCUGCUCACACUCAGUCUGUCUCUCUCUCUCUCUCUCUCUCUCAAAAAUAAAUAAACGUUAAAAAAAAAAUAAAACACACAUGCAUACUAAUAGGCCAUGUCAGGAAGAUCUACACAGACAAGGGGCUUUUCAAGUGGGAGGAGAGGAGGGGAACAAGAGUUCAUUUUAGAAGGGAAACAGCAGAUGUGUGCUUUGGAACAUACUUCUUACCCAUCGCUUCAUGUAUACCUAAAUAUGUAGGUGCCUGCUUUCUCCAUAACAUUUCUAUGUAAUUAGAGACCAGUGGUACUCUCCUGAGGCUGGGUGACAGAGGAGAAAAGAGGGUGGUUAACAUCUUUGUGUCAGAAUUUUCUAGGAUUUUUAUGAAGGGAUAAAAGAAUAUGUAUAGUUUAAAAUUCUAAAAUUAUCACUAUAAACAAAUACAUUAUAAAAUUACUCCUUUGGGGGGGGCUAUCAUUUAUAGAUCUCUGCCUGAACCUUGCCUUUUUUAGUCAUGAUAUUUAUCUUAAAAAUUCAGCCUAGGGGCACCUGGGUGGCUCAGUCAGUUAAGCAUCCAACUUCGGCUCAGGUCAUGAUCUCGUGGUUUGUGAGUUCGAGCCCCACACUGGGCUCUGUGCUGACAGCUCAGAGCCUGGAGCCUGCUUCAGGUUCUGUGUCUCCCUCUCUCUCUGCUCCUCCCCCACUCAUGCUCUCUCUC